GGUGGUUUGGCGCCAGCUAUUUCGCGGGGCAAGAAGAAGCACAAGAGAAGAAGGAAGCUAAAUUAUUAAACAUUAAAAAAGUGGAGGACAUCGACACAAACCCCCGGCACUGAGUGGACUGGGUGGCCUGUGGUUUUACUGGUUUUCAUGGUGUGUUUGAGUCCUUUCUGCUUCUUCCCUUUCUUCCUCCGAGAUCUGGAUACAGUGGAGGGUGAACGCAGCUCUACAUAAUUCUCACUGAGGCUUCUGUUCUUCCAGUCCUCGAGGAGGGGAGUAAUAAUGAUGGCGACGGCGGAGCCUCCGAGUAGAUCGAGCCUCCUCCCCCUGCUGGAGUCUCUGGAGGACGCCGCUACGGGACAGUCUGAGAAGACGGACGCCUACCUCACCAUCGCAAGUCGGCUCAGUGGAGACGAGGGCCGGCAGUUUCUCCCUGCAGUUGAAAAACACUUUCCUCGUUUGGGCCAAGUUAUCUUGGCUCAUGUAGUCGGUCCGAAUGCAGAGCUGACCCAGGCUGCCCUGCAGGCUUUAGGCUUCUGUUUGUACCAUUCUCACGUCAGCUCUGCAGUGCCAGAAACCUUCGCCGCAGACAUACUUUCAGCACUUUGCUCCCUGGUGGUGAAGGGGACAGAUAAGAACACAUGCAUCAGAGCAUUAUGGGUCAUCUCCAAACAGAGCUUUCCUCCAGAGAUGGUGGGCAAAAAGGUGCCGUCCAUACUGGGAACACUGGAGAGUGUGUUGAGCAGAGAGGACAUCCAGUCUGUGGUGAUGGAGCACGAGGUCUUAAACGUUAUCAUCAGGAUGCUGGAGCAGGUCCCGGCUCAGAUGGGUGUCGGAGCGCUGUGCUGGGCGAAGAUGGUCAUCCCGCUGGUGGUGCACUCUGCCUCUAAGGUGCGUCUCCGUGCCGCAGCAGCCAUGGAGAUGGGCCUCCCUCUGCUGCUGGAGAAACAGACGGAGGUGGCAGCCAUCAUCGAGCCCAUGAUGUCCACUAAGCUGAUCCCAGAGCUGCAGAAGCUGUUCAUGUCCAAGAAUGAAACCAACGUCCUGAAGCUCUGGCCCUUAUUUGUAAAACUGCUAGGGAAGAUGCUGCACAGAGGCGGCCCCUUCAUCAACUCUCUGCUGCACCUGGAGGAGCUGGGUUUCCGCAGCUCGUCUCCGACCAUCAAGAAGAUCGCCUUCAUCGCCUGGAAGAGCCUCAUCGACAACUUUGCACUGAAUCCAGACAUCCUGUGCAGCAGCAAGCGUAUGAAGCUCCUCAUGCAGCCGCUGGCCUCCAUCAACGUGAGGACGGAGGUCUUGAUGCUCACCAAGGUGGAGGUCUGGUGGUACCUGGUGGUGCAGCUCGGGCCGAACCUUGCACCCAACUUUGAUCAGGUUUCUGUUCCUCUGCUCCAAUGCAUCAUAGGGUCAGAUUCCUCUUCAGUCCCGGGAACUCCCUCAAGAGCUGGGGGUCAGAACGGUGCCGCCACACCUGGAACACUACAGACUGGCGGCGCUCCGAGCUUCAACAGCUCGGCCAACACGUCCCGCACGAGUCUGAACUCCAGCGUCCACGUGUCCUGCAGCUUCCCCUCCGUCCAGCUGCUGGGUCUGGAGAUGCUGCUCCACUAUUUCCUGGGACCGGAGGUUACUGCUGCAGCAACCAAGAACAAACUCGUCCUGAGUCUCGAGCCGUUGAACCACCCGCUCCUCUCCGCUUCUUCCUCUUUCACCAAACACGCCGCUGUGCUCACCUCCAGCCUCAGAGACGGAUUCAUCAACAUCGGCAAAGACGCUCCAGAUUCUCUUCUGUCCGUCUUAUGGACGAGUCUCAUCCGCUUUGUCAACCUAUCCAUAGAGUCUGGCAGUAAGAAGGAUCGUCACGGGGGGGAGGUCCUGACUCUGAUGCUUCAGGCUCUGCAGACCAUCGUCACCUCAGAAGCUCUGCCAGCAGCCAAAGUGCUGAUCCUGUUGGAGGCGACAGUGAAAGGUAUUCCUCAGAGAGUCCUGGGCUCUGCUUCAUAUCAGGUCGGCAAGAUGGACGUGCUGAAUGGAACGCCGGCUCUGUUCCUGGUUCUCCUCGUCUACAACAGCAGCAUGCUCGCCGCCUACAUCGAGGACGAGAGGUUUUUCCAGUGCCUCCAGACGCUGGUGGGCUGCGGGCUGUCGGGCCCCACCUCCCCUCUGGCAUUUGCGGAGGCGGUGCUGGGGGCCGUGAGACGCAGCGCAGCGUCCGUGCAGAACAAGGACCAGCUGUGGAGGACGUGGAGCGUGGUGGUCAGCCCGCUCACCGACACCAUCACACAGUCUAAUGAAGUCAACCAGGGUGACGCUCUGGAGCACAACUUCAGCGCCGUGCACUCUGCGCUGCUGUUCCCCGUCACACACCUGCUGCGCAAUACGCCACUACAGCAGGCGGCUCAGAAGUCGAUGCUGUCCUCGUGGUCCAAGCUGUACAGAGUGUUCGCUCGCUGCUCUGCGCUGGUGGUCACAGCCGAGGAGAACAUCUGCUGCGAGGAGCUGUGCGUGAAGAUGAGCACUGUGAUCGACAGAGAUGCCCUGAUGAUUCCUUCCACAUUGAACGCAGUAUCCAGUAUCCUCCAGGUCAUGGUGGAGUGUGUGAACUUCUCCCCGUACACUCCUCACUUUCAGCAGAAGCUAAAAUCUCCUCACACUCCGGUGAACUGGAUGAAGAAGAGGAACAAGGUCCUCGGAAAUCUGUCCACCUUCCAGUCCCUGCUGGUGCUCUGUCUGGAGGUGUUUCUGGAGGAGGCGUCCUCUGAAGCCACAGGAGUCGCUCUGGUGUCCAUCAUGUCGGCUCUCUUCACAAACCUCACUCUGCCCAACACCGUCACAGAGGCUCUGACCUCUCUGGCUCCUCCGCUCACUCUGUUCUGCAAACAAGCAGCCGCUGAGCCGCCCAAAUUCUCCUCACAGCUGCAGGCGAAGUUGGAGAAGCUCCUGGGCGACGUCCUCGGCUGCCUGCAGACCCGCUCCACUCUGGCGUACGACGACGAACUCCUGGCUCUGCUUUCCCCCCUGCUGUGCGUGAUGUUUCCUCACAGGAGCAAGCAUCUGCGCACCGCCGUCGCUCACUUCUGGAACGCCACCUUCGGGAACUCGGUCAGCCUCACCUACCCCGAGGAGAUCAGACCAAUAUUGAGCCAGGUGAAGCAGAAGACCCCGAUCAUCCUCCCCGGCUUCGAGGUGGUCGACGUUCCCGAUGAUCACAGUGGACAGUAUUCAAGCGAGAGUUCCCAGCUGGAGACGAAACUCAGUGGGAUCCAGAUGGCGUCUGUGGGGAAGAGAGACUCUCUGCUGAAGACUGCUGAGCUCCAGAGCAAGAGCUCGCCAAAAACCUCCAAACUAGUUUCUACAAAGCUGGACUUUGGCUCUCCUAAGCCCCCCAGCAGAGGAGUUCUGGAUGAAGAGGCCUCCAUCGACUUCGUCUUUAUUCCUCCCGAGACCAAGGAGCGAGUUCUGACAGAGCACCAGAAGGAGGUGAAGAGGACAAAAAGGGUCGACAUCCCUGCCAUGUACAACAACCUCGACGCUUCUCUGGAUACCACGGUGUUCACCCAGUACACGCAGAGCCAAGAGGAGUCUUUGGACAAACUGGCAACUGAACAAGCUGACGAGGUUACAGAAGAGGCUACUGGCAAGGUUCCUCAGGAAGAUGUGGAAAAAGAGGAAGACCAUGAAGUUCUAAUGAAAGACACUCAAGACUAUGCCAGUCCAAAAGCGGUUGAUGCUAUGUCUGAAAACCAUGUGCAGGAAGAGAUGAUUCCCGAUUCGAGAGAUGUUUCCAUGGAGGACGAUACCACUAGUGAUAGAGCAGAAGACUUGGAAAUGCAGUCUAAAGAAGGCCCUGAUAUCUCUGGAUGUUCAGAUUUGGUCUCGGGGACUCCUCAGAAACCCAACAGCCGCCGUCAGUCCUUCAUCACUCUGGAGAAGUAUGCUGAGGGCAAAGCUUGUAGUCCCAGCAGUGCGUCUACCUUCACAGGUCCCCUAAAUAAGACCUCCGAUAGCCAAGAACGCUCUAACCGCAACAAGAAGUCGUCCUCUCUGACUUCACAGACAUCCCCUAGUCCUGACCCCCAGAGUUCCCAGUCCUCCCAGACAGGGAAAGUGAGCCCGGCGUGUCCUGUGACUGACGCUUUUGAGUCCCCUAAAAGACCAAAAGACUCCAGAAAAAGAAGUGAGCCAGUGAAGUUGACUGAGAGACUGACCAGCGACCCGACAGAGGACGAAGACGUUAUCCCCGACACCCAAACUGAAAGUGAGGGCAAAGAAAGUACAACAAUGACCUCCUCAUCAGAGGAAACAAAAUCCUCAAGCCUAGAAAAGGAAUCUGAUGAGACUCCGGAUGAUUCUCAAUCUGAGAAUUCUCAAAGUGAACCAAGACGUUCUGGGCGCCCAAAGGUCAGACCUCUGCUGCCUGGAAAGAACCCGGAGAAACGGGAGGAUAAAAACACGCAGUUGAAGAGACGUUCUGCAGAAGAACCUAAAAGCGAUUCUUCAAAGUCAAGCAGGCCAAACACCAGAAGUAAACAGGCUGCCGAGGAGGACAACAGCCGAUUACGGACGAGGGCUCAGAGGGACAAGAGUGAGUCGAGCCUGACCAAGUCUCAGAAAAAAGCCAACAAGAAGAUCAAACUGUUCAGCAAUUCGGAGGAGUUCCUCGACACGCCCGAGCCCAGAAGGCGAAGCACCAGAGAGUCCAGCCAAACUGAUCUGCUGUCUGAUAACGAAAGUCAGUCGCAGGGUAAGUCAAGGCGGAGGAGCAAAGCAUCAGUGGAGCCCAAGGAGAAGAAGGUUUUGUCUGACAAAGAAGAGUCCAGCCAAACUGAGGAUGAGUCAAAGAAAGAGUCUCAAAUAAUCACUCUUUCCCCUCAAACUAGUGACAUCACCCAAGAGAUGGAGAUUGUAGAACAGACCAACAAUGACAUUGAUUCUCAGACUGUACAAGAUGGUGAAAAGCUAGAAAAAGACUCUCAAAUGAUCGCUUCUCCUCAACUUGAUGGUGAAUCCCACAAGUCUAGGCUUACAGAAAAGCCUCAAAUGGUCGCUUCUCCUUCAACUAAUGACGAGUCCAAAGAAACAACAAAGACGUUGGCGACUGAAUCGGAGGUUAAAGGCCAACUUAAGACAAGUGAAGCCACAGAUGAUGACCUUCAAGAGGACUCUCAAGUGAUCGAUCCCUCAUCUUCCGAAAGCCAGUCUAGGCGUAGAUCCAGAAGAAGCAAGGCAUCGUCUGAAGCAACAGAGUCUGAAAGUGAGAACAAGGAUUCAUCAGGAGGGCGGAGCAGGUCUAAUUCUCGGGCUUCAAUGUCGGCCGACAGUCAGCCAGAGGCCAAAGUUAGAGGUAGGCCCAGAAAGAAUAAAGUACAAGAGGAUCCGUCAAAGUCGGGUCCUACCUCAGCCCCUGAAAGUUCUCAGUCAUUAGAUACCGCCCAGUCCUCCCGAGGCAGAUUAUCAAGACGUGGAACAUCUGAAGGGUUAGCAGUCGCCAGUGCAGAGUCCUCGGAGUCUGAAAACCCAGGGGCCAAAGAAAAUCCCCCAAUGCCCAAAAAGAGGGGAAGGAAACCUAGACUGUCUCUUCCAGGUCCUCUCACCAUUGAAUCUAAAGAAAGCCAAAUUACCGGCAAUAUGGUAAAAGGUGAUGCUUCACAAAAGGCAGAAUCACAAAGCGUAGAAGCGCCGAUGGAGGUACAGGUUGAAGAGAAAACUGAAGCUGACGACUCAAAGAGCCAAUUGCUCACCGUUUCACCCCGCAAGGAGCAAGUCAUUGAGAAGACCUUCUCACAGGAAGGAGAUGCUGGAGACUUGCCCUCUGCUGAUAUCCGUGAAUCAGCUGGAAUCUCUACGGAACAGACUCAUGAAGAGUUGCCAUGUGAGCCUCCUGUAGAGGACCCACUGGAGCCCUCUGAGGAGGCGAUAGAAAAACUGCAGGUCUCCGAGGUUUCAGGGGAGAAAGCUGCUGAGCCUAGUGACGCAGUUGCAGACAAACAAGAGGAUGAUUCAGAUUCAAACGAUCAAGAACAUCCCGUCCCGGCGGCAGGGGAGGACCUGGAGGUUGUCCCGGCGGCGGAGGACCUGGAGGUUGUCCCGGCGGCGGAGGACCUGGAGGUUGUCCCGGCGGCGGAGGACCUGGAGGUUGUCCCGGCGGCGGAGGACCUGGAGGUUGUCCCGGCGGCGGAGGAACUCGAGGUUGUCCCGGCGGCGGAGGAACUCGAGGUUGUCCCGGCGGCGGAGGAACUCGAGGUUGUCCCGGCGGCGGAGGAACUCGAGGUUGUCCCGGCGGCGGAGGAACUCGAGGUUGUCCCGGCGGCGGAGGACCUCGAGGUUGUCCCGGCGGCGGAGGACCUCGAGGUGGUCCCGGCGGCGGAGGACCUGGAGGGGGUCGCGGCGGAGGAACUCGAGGUCGUCCCGGCGGAGGACCUUGAUGCCGCCCCGGCGGAGGAAGCAGCUGAAGAAGGUGACAAUACCUCCGUUGAACAAGUCUCUAUUGAUUGUCAAAAUGUCACUGACAAUAUGUCAAAAGAGGAAGAACGGUCUGCUCCAGGCAAAGAAAGCGAAUCCACGAACCAGCACACAGAAACCAGUGCAGAACGCGACUUUGUGGAGCGUCAGUACGAAGAGGAAUCUCAGGCCCUCAACAAUUUGACCGACGUUGUCGUAAAUCUGGAGGCUGCUUUGGCUAAUGUUUCUCCAGCGAAGCAGAGGGACCUGGAGGCUUUAAUGGCGGCAGAUCUCGGCCAAAGCCCCAGCAGCAGCGACAGGACCAGAGGAACCUGGUCUCCCACAGCCUCGCCAUCCACAAGUAUCCUUAAGAAGGGUCUGAAGAGACCGCUGGAGGACGAGACUCCCUCUCCCAGCGUCAAAUCAAGGCGUGUGUCUUUCGCUAAUCCGAUCCAACAUCAGGAGAUCGCGGACGACAUUGAUCGUCGCAGCCCCGCUGUCCGGACCAGCUCCCCCAGAAGAAGCAAAGCCAGCGGCAUCCCACAGCCAAAGUACGUCACGACUCCAACAAAGGGCCUGCUGAUCCUGAGCCCCAGAAGCCUGCACAGUCCAGGUUACAAGAGCUCCAAGAAAUGCCUGAUUUCCGAAAUGAGCCAAGAGCGCCCCGUCUCCAAAGACUGCAUCUACCCGGCCCUGGUCGGCUGCUCGGCACCAGUAGAAGCCGUGCUGCCGCAGAUAUCCUCCAACAUGUGGUCUCGGGGUUUCGGGCAGCUGGUUCGAGCCAGAAACAUCAAGACCGUCGGCGACCUCAGCGCUCUCACUCCCACCGAAAUCAAGACUCUACCGAUCCGCUCCCCGAAGAUCUCCAACGUCAAAAAGGCACUUAAGAACUAUGAACAACAGCGUAAAGGACGAGGCGUUGAUGAGUUGAAGAGCUUCGAUGAAAUGGAGAUGCUGACCUCUGAACUGGAGGAGGUCAGGGCUCCUCACAACCAGGACGAGGAGGACAAGACCUCAGGAGAGACGCUAGCUACAGCGCUGAUGGACGAGGCGGUUCCCGCGGAGCACGACUGCCCCAGAAACCAGACUCCUGACACAGCGGCUGGAGAACACGCACGUGCCGGACGGCUGCAGGCGGAGGUGGAGGCGCUGAGCUGCAGCAUGACGCCUCAGGAACUUAAUCACUGCGCCGCUCAGCAGCUGGUCCAGAUGCACGACCGGCUAGCGGGCAUGAUGCGGCAGGUGGUGGUCGAGCUGCAGACGCGCCUCGGAGAAAAAGAGGGCAAACGCUGACGGCGCCUGUUGAACGGCACAUAAAGACAGAUCUGCAGCAACAAGUGUUACAUUGAUGGAUUUCACAGAAGAACAUUUUAUGCUUUUAACUCUGAAUGCCUCGAAUCGCAUUAAGAAUUUUCCUUAGUGUUUUUAAAAAUAAAUACUAGCGGCACUUUUUUUGUGUUUUUAGACUGGGCUGUUGGAUAGUUUCUAAAAUGUUAGGAAACACUCAAAGGGAAGCACACUCACUUUUUAAAGCGCCAUUAUUAUGACUAGUGUCCACAGUGAAUUGCUUCUGUUGACUAAUGUUUAGGUUGUGUACAUACGCUGCCCCUCAUUUAAAUCCAUGUGCCUGUUUUCUAGGCUGUUUACAAUUCAACCCAUCAGCGCUUUUGUAUAUUUUGUACAAAAUUCUGUCAUUUUUAAAGUCUUGAGGCAAACUUUGCGUGGUGGUAGACGGUCUGCACUUCUGUAUUUUUAUUGAAGCAAUUAAAUGAACUCUGUAUUAAAAAAAACCUGUAAUGA